GACGCAGCUCUGCACAACCUGUUGUUGUUGUUGUGCGCCCUACAUGCGGAUUAUCUGUGACAUCUGCCCAGAUGUUGAGACGCUCUGCUCAUCACUGACAUUUUUGGGUUUGGUGUGUGUGUGUGGUUGCAGUUAUUUAGGGGAGUUUUAUUUCUGGUUUAUUUUUUUUUUUUUAUGGCUGGAAAAAAAACCGCAAAACUUUGGAAUUCUUGCUGGGAAUUGAUAUAGAUCAAAGGCUGAAGAGGAGAGAUGAUUGUGCCAUGUGAUAUGAUGGGAUAGCAGGGGAGAAGGCGACGUUGACCGCGAAACCUCUCACAACAUGACAAGUAGUGACUGAAAAAAAAAUAAAGUCAUGGAGCUCCUCGUUGACGUCGUGACAGCUGAGCCGGUGAACGCCACGAACGGCAGUUUCACCACAGCGUCGUCCACGGUGGACGAGAGCGCGCAGAGUCUCGUGUAUCAGAUCAGUCUGGCGGUGGUGUUGUCCGUCAUCACGCUGGCCACCACUUUAUCCAACGCGUUUGUCAUUGCGACAAUCUCGCAGUCGAAAAAGCUGCAAACUCCGGCCAACUUUCUCAUCGCCUCUCUGGCCGUCACUGACCUCCUCGUGUCCAUCCUGGUGAUGCCAAUCUGCGUCCUGUACACCGUCAUCCACACCUGGACGCUGGGCCAAGUCGUGUGCGACAUCUGGCUCUCGUCGGACAUAACGUGUUGCACUGCGUCCAUACUCCAUCUGUGCGUAAUCGCUUUGGAUAGGUACUGGGCCAUCACGGACGCAGUGGAGUACUCCAAAAAGCGCACGCCCGGGCGCGCGGCGGGGAUGGUGGCCACAGCCUGGGUCAUCGCCAUCUCCAUCUCCCUGCCGCCGCUCUUCUGGAGGCAGGUGAAGGCGGAGGAGCUGACGAGCUGCAGCGUCAACACGGACCACAUUUUCUACACCAUCUACUCCACCUUUGGGGCUUUUUACAUCCCCACGCUGCUGCUCAUUGUCCUCUACGGACGGAUUUACGUCGAGGCUCGGAAGCGCAUCCUGAAGCAGUCCCCCAAGAAGGUGGGGAAGAGACUCACCUCCGCGCACCUGGUCACCAACUCCCCGGGCUCCGCGGCGUCCACCGCGCCCUUGCAGGGCGGGAAACACGACACCAUGUCCAGCGACACCGGGUCCUCGACCAGCGAGAACCAGGUGAAAGUGACGCUUUCGGACGCUCUCCUGGAGAAAAAGCGGAUUUCUGCAGCCAGAGAGCGAAAAGCCACAAAAACACUGGGGAUUAUCCUCGGCGCGUACAUCGUCUGCUGGCUGCCGUUUUUCAUUUACACGCUGGUGGUGGCCACGUGUGACACGUGUUUCAUCCAAGAGUUGUUUGACUUCUUCACCUGGUUGGGUUACCUGAACUCCCUCAUCAACCCCAUCAUAUACACCAUGUCCAAUGAGGACUUUAAGAAAGCUUUUCACAAACUUGUCCGCUUCAGAUGCUGCAGGUGGUGAAGUGAACAACGGCGCACCUUUUAGUUUUUGGAUAUUAUACAUUAAGUCCUCAAAGUGACUUAUAUAGAAUAAUAUAUAAGUAAUAUAAGUGGAGAAUCAUAAUGAGCCUUUUUACGCAUGCGGUGGAAGAGCCAUCCAUGUCCAUCGUGGAGGUUUUAAGAGCCAGGCUCAUUCAACCACACACAGAAAAUGUGUUUACUUUCAUGACAUCAGUUUUAUCUAAUGAUGUUGAUUUAACUGAAGUCACUGAUUGAGCAAAAUCUCAUCGAGAAUGAAUUAAAAAAAAAAA